AUGGCGGCUGUCCUACCGCCGCCACCACCCCCAGGGCCUGGUGCAGGCCAAGGACCUGCCGGAGUAUUUCACCGAUACGAGAAUCUCCCAGCCGAGCUUGUUAACAUGAUAUGGGAUCAAUACAGGCUGGAUCCCGGGGUUGUACAUCAUCACCUCCUCGUCCACGUCCAUCCGGGCACUCGCAGAAUGCCACGCGCUUAUCUCUGCACAGAUCCGUUCCACCGAACUGUGAAUGAUAACCCGAUGGUGAACCGGAACCCACGACAUCACCCUCCCACUAUUGGAAUUCCCUUCUCCAACGGCGUCGUCAGGCACAAAAUUGAGUUGCCGCGAGGGAUUCGGCACAGGAGGCCGACGACGACCUGGGCUAGGCGAUGGGACGGCUACCCUCAAUUUAGGGACCUGGCCGUCGACAUGAGUCCGCCGCACGUAUACGUCCACCGGCACCACGACGUCUUCUACUUCGACAACGAGUUCAGCUACACUGCCAACCACUACCCGCACGUGCAGAUAGCCCGACGCACCCCGCUCCAGUUCCUCUCGUCUCAUAUGUCUUGGGGCGCCACCCGCAAUGCUGGUGAGCUGGCCGCAGGGGGUCGUUUCAGCUGGAUGAGGAGAAUUGGCAAGCUGGCGAUGCGGAUGGAGCGCCACCCGGCUCCCGGUUACUUUGCUCGCUGGUUCAUCGACAACGCGGCCCGCAUUAUAGCCUUGUGCACCACCCUGAGGCGCCUAUACAUCGUCAUCGACUCGCUGCGGCCAGGCUGCACGCUUCUGAGCAACCUAGAUGAUGACAACACCGCCGGCAGGGACGGGUUUGUCUCGUACAGAACCUUCCUAUACAGACACAGAUAUGCCCGCCAGUUCGUACCUGGACACUUCUGCAACUGCGUCUUGCCCCCUCCCGAACUGUUUGACGGGGCCUUCCCUACACUUGUCCGCCCACCGUGGAUGCAGGACGAUACGCUUUUGAUCAACCUUGGGAUCGACGUGAUUAUCAUGCUCAUUCGAACAAGCAAUGCGCCUUACCUCGCCAAUAAUUGGGAUUUCCGACAUCUUGAGAUUCGCUGGGUAGUCGAUAACUCUUGA